GCAUAAAUAGUCGAUUUUACUGAAAUUUUUGUAUUAGUCAUCCAACCUUUGAGUUGUUCGUUUCGUUGCUACUAAACUAAAUCGAAAAAAUGUCCGGACGUGGAAAAGGAGGCAAAGUCAAGGGAAAGUCAAAGACUCGUUCCAACAGAGCUGGACUUCAAUUCCCAGUUGGUCGUAUCCAUCGUCUCUUGCGCAAGGGAAACUACGCUGAGCGAGUUGGUGCUGGAGCUCCAGUCUACCUCGCAGCAGUAAUGGAAUACUUGGCUGCUGAAGUUUUGGAGUUGGCAGGAAAUGCCGCUCGCGACAACAAGAAGACCAGAAUCAUCCCCCGUCAUCUCCAACUUGCCAUCAGGAAUGACGAGGAAUUGAACAAACUUCUUUCCGGAGUUACCAUCGCUCAGGGUGGUGUUCUUCCCAACAUCCAGGCUGUGCUUUUGCCCAAAAAGACCGAAAAGAAAGCUUAAAUUUCUACCAACAUCCUCUAAAACAAUCGGCCCUUUUCAGGGCCAUCAAAUCUUUUUUACGUGUGAAUCUUGAGUUCUUUGCAUUAUUUUUUUCAUUAUAAUACAUACGUAUUAGACGGUGGCAAAAGAUUUAUUACAUUUGGAAUAUGUUGAAAGUUUUUGUUUUCCAAGCUCAAUAUCACUCAAAUUAGAUUAUCUUAAAAUAAGAAAAAUGAAAAUUAACUGAAGCUAUGUAAAAUUUUUAACGAACUUUUGAAUGCCGUACUUUUAAGCUCUUCGCUCAUUUGUGAUUUAUAAUUUUUUGGAAUAUUUCGCUAGCAUUAUCGUAUUAUUAGUAUGAUUGUAAGAUUACAUCGUAUAAGCCUGUAGCAAUCUUAUAGUGGACUCAAAUUUCCGCCCCACAGUAUAGGCUUCAAAAAACAAGGUGAACAAGCUAAUAUUGCAGUUUCUUUUUUUUUGAAACUUGGUAUGUAUUUUUUUGGUCGCUGAUUACAAACAUAAAGUUAGUUUUUAAAAGUGACACGCUGUGAAAUAGGCCUGAAUUAUAAAUAAAUGAAAUUAAACUUAUACUUUUGUGAGAAUUAAAAUUCUUUUUGUACUUUGAAGCAAACCAAAGCGUUUCGAUAGGAGUUAACUGAAUCGGCAAUAAUUAAAUGAAUCCCACUCUAAUUUUCUUAAU